AUGUCAACAUCUUUUGCCAACUAUCUCCUAGCGGCUGUCAGCACUGUCACUAUCCAUCCCAUAUGUUGCACGAAGGACGAAAUGGAUAUACUCAUGAAAAGUGAGUUGGGCCUGCAAGACCAAGAUCCCUGGGUUCUGUGGGAGGGGGACCUGCAGCCUAAGACCUCCAUCCUUAAAAUCCUCAUUUCUCUAUCAAAUCUCAACAAAUCGGAAAUCAAGAGGAUCACUUACAUCAAACAAGUACCAGGAAGCCAAACUCAGAUACAUGGGGCUCCCGUUUUCAAUAAGGAAUGGCGACUCAAGAAUGCUUUUCAGAUGAAACGCAAGGUGCCAGCUAGGCAUUCCCGGUUGCAGGCGGCUCAGACUGAGUCACAGAUAGAUACUGACAUAGAAAUUGAAGGGGAUUCCAUGCUAGAGACGGAGGGCAGCUUGGGGCAGCAGGCUUUCAUCAAGGCUGGAAUGAAAAGAGCAAAGCCUGUAGGACAAACAGAGGAAAAGAAUUGGGAGUGUCUUUUCUGGGUGGUAUACUAUCACAUGCACGAACUGCUCAAGGAGCAAGUCCAAGAGUGCAAUGUUGAUGGAUUGCAGCCCUUGUCAUCGCAGCCCUCAGGAACCCAGCGCUUGCACAUUUUACCCUUCACAGAGAUAGCAGAUCUCUGGUACUGGUCUUCAGAGUUCGCCACCAAUCCCAUACCAGACGCUACCGAUUCAUGGAAGCCUGAUCUUGUCCUCCUGGAUUACAGGCUCAGAAAGUUCAGUUUCUCACAAAAGUCCUGGAAAGACGUCCUCACAGGAGUUGAGAUCACCCAAUCUGACCUCUCUGUCAAUCGCAAAAUACCUUUGUUCUUGGGGGUUGCUACCAAGGGCUAUCUGAUGAUGCGGGAGCAACCAUGGCGUCAUUUCAUCCUACUUUUUAGUAUCUCUAAGUUUAAACUUUGUGCCCAUUAUAUGGAUCGCUCUGGCAUGGUGAUCUCAAAACCACUCUCGAUCAUUACAUCCCCCGUACGUUUUGUCAAUGUGUUGAAUACCAUCACUUUAGCAAAUCACUCUUCCCUCAGCUUUGAUCCAACAAUCCAUAUCUGCAACUCUUGCAACACCAUUCCAACUCAUGCUAAUUUACCAAACAGCUUUGAUGCUAUGCUUCCCAGGGCGAUAGGCUGGAUUUAUGACAAUGACAGAGAUGUGUACUGGAUUAUGGAUAUUCUAUGGAAAAGCCGCGGACUUUUCAAGCAUGGAACUGUCUGCUAUCACAUUUGA